AUGGGCAACGUCAACGCAAAGCUCUCAAUCUGGGACCCCAAGACAAACUCGUACAUCCCUGGCAUUGAACUCGAGCGCCGGGAGGCCGCCCGGAAGAUGGCUCUGAACAAGCCCAAACACACAUCUAACACCCACCCGGACGAGACACAACCACUCGAAGACGACGAUGACAAGCAAGACGACGACCCAGACGAUCUUCUCGAUGCCGAGGGACUUCCAGAAAAACGCCGCAAGACGGCAUCCGGCUCGGCUGAACGCGUCAUCGAAUUCAAGAAAUGGGUCCAAGUCCCUCUCGCUGUGGCCGAGAAGAUGCCGGAACCGAAGUACCUCGCAGAUCGCCGACCAGGCAUGGAAUCUCUCUACAAAGGCGCCUACAAGGCUACAAACGGAUUCGGCACAUUAGGAGACAUGUCCGCUGGGGCCGCGAGUGGUGGCACCACGGGGUACGACCUUGGCGACCCGACCAAUGCGCUUGCGGGCGGCAGUGGAUCCGGCACUCUGAACGGUGGAGCCGAUGGUGCGAACAUCGACGGCACAGCAACGCCUGUGCGCAAGAAUAUCCCGCCUCGACGCAAGAAGAAGGGUGGACCAGGACGUCGCCCGAAGAACUGGAAGCCACCGACAGAUCCUAACGCCCCACCAGCGACUGAGACUACCACGGCUGAGACCGCUGCUGGCGCUUCGACCACAGAUGGAAGAGACACGACCAUGGAGCAUACUUCGGCUGUAUCUGGAGAACGUACCGGCAAUGCCGAUCAAGGACCCGCUGCGCAGAGUGAGGCGAACAAUCAAGACAUAGAGGGAGACGGCGAAGGUGAAGGUGACGGUUCAGGAUCCGAAAGCGAAGGGGAAGGCAGUGAGGAAGGCGAGAUUGCUCCUCCUGCUAAUGCACCGGUCCAAGAAGACUUGGCUGGAAAUGUUGUACCCGAGACUGUGGUGGAGACUGUGACUGCUAUGGUUGAGCCAGAACUUGCUACUGAGAAGGAAGAAGAGAAGCAGGGUGCUGACGAUGUCGUUGUCGCAGAUGUUGAGACGCGUGAAGUCGCCACUGAGAAGGAGACUGAGAAGGCAGAAGCUGCGAUGAACCUGGAGGUGGACGUGCUUGGUGCCCUAGAGGCUGCUCUCGAUAAGGAAGCAGGCCAGAACUCUUAA